AUCUGUCUUCCAUGAUCUAGUUUUUCUAAGAGAUGCGGUGCAUUUUCUUUUGGAAGGUACCUGCAGCCUAUCAGAAAAUGAAUCGCGAUUACAUGUGAAGUUCGAAAAGCGAUGCGUCAGGUAGAACCUGACGAGACUCCUGAGCGAGCCGCUUAGAAGUUUCUCCCGUUUACUCCACCUCGUCGAGGCUGUGAGUAACCGCGGAAUGGAGGGCAGUGCCAAUUAUCCACACCAUCGAUCUCAUCCUGAGAAUCCGUCGCGAUCCGUGCAACAGAGACCUCAAAUACCUCCUCGCCCGCAUCAAGCGAGACCGCCUCCCCAGAAGCGCCGGGACGGUCGUCCUCGGUGUAGAUCGUACAAACUUUUAACCGAUCCCGUCAUUGACAGAUCAGCGUCAGAAAAAAUAUACCGUUAUGAUGGUAUGCUCAAGGAUGGCACUAAACAAUCCAUCUCAAGAAGAGACCCACGUCGACCGCCUAGAAUACUGGCGGAUGACCCCAUGAAACUGCCUGUACCAAAUCUGAAGAUUGAUCGUCAUUACGUUGGCAUACCCCCUCCAUUGGAGCUGAUGAUAAGCAAUUUAAAUGAUAAUGUCGACAAAAAAUUUCUCUCGCAAAUCGUCGCUAAAUUUGGUCCCGUGAAAGAACUUCACGUCUACUACCACCCGAAGACAAAAAAGCACCUCGGGUUUGCCCGAGCAGUCUUCGAAACCUGCGCAUCUGCGAGUGCAUGUGUAGAGAAGCUCAAUGGUGAAUCUGUGAUGGGUCAAAAGCUGUGCAUUACGUUUGAUCCUUUCGGUGAAGAAUGUCGGAAAGCGUUUUUGGUUAGAACGUCUGAAACUAGUUCGGCGGACAAGUUUGCUGCGCCUGCGAAUAAGGUUCGGAGUAAUGAAUUGGACCCACGUCGGAAAUCGGCGACGCAACAGAAGGUGCCUUCGCGCACUGAACCUCCGUCGGGUCUGAAAACACCACAAAUCGACCGGAAUUCGUCUUUUCUGAACACACUCAUGGGAAAGUCGACUGGAACUCAAAGCUUCUUGACGGCAAUUGCUUUGGAACCUUCGACGUCUCGAGGUCACGAUGCUGUUCGUGGUGCAUCGAAAGAUCAUCCAGAAUCUUCACGGAUGCCUCCAACGUCUCACCCUUCACCUGGUCACGCUCACCGACUUCCCGCUCACAUGAAGCCUUCUCCGCAUAAGCAUUCUCCUCGCACAGAAAAAUCUCCCCAUCAGAAACCCUCUCCGCAUCAUUCGACAAGACCGCACCAAACACCGCGACCAUCUCCGAGAAUGACCCCGCAAGUUUCCGGCUUGGAUUCGAAACCCGUGCGUGCGUCAGAGAGCGAGAUGUUGCUUGAUGAUGCUUCCGGGGUAUCCCCUGUGUCCUCUGAUGAAGAUGCCGGAACAUUCAGCGUGGAACACCGGGAUCGCAAAGAACGAAGCAGACCUCGAGAUGACCUACGGAAGUUAGACGAAAGAAGUCGGUGGUCUUCUUCGUCUCGGAGUCGGUCUCGAAGUCGAUCGCUCAGCAAAUCUCGUCCCGCCCCUGUGUUCCCUCAUUCAGAUGCCUCCGAUAUUUCCUCUGACACGAGUCUCGACGCAGAAUUCAGCCCUGCCGUGAAGAAGAGUCGUCCAUCGCCGAAAACUCGAUCUCCUGCUGCCGAUGAAGCCGUCGCAGCUGCUGUGAUGACAGCUUCUAUGUCGUUGGAAUCGCGACUUGAAAUGCUGUUCGCCACGCGUGGCCUUGGACCGGUACCGCCGUUACCGUCUGGUCAACCACCUCCGCCACCACCGCCACCCUUACCGCCAGACUCGGACGACGAGCCUGCCGCCCCGCCGAUGACAUCGCCGGCUGCCGAGUUCGGCGGCGAAAUACCCGCGGAAUUGCGCGAAGUGGCCAGUGAGCGCGGUGAACCUCUUUCGCGAACUCCGUCGCCGUUUCUGUGUCGGCAAACCUACAUUGAAAGCUUGUUGGAUACGCUGCGGGAGAAGCUGGAGAAAAAGGCUGGGGAAGGCAACCAUCAAAAGGAUUCAAAGAAAAACCGACCUGGCUAUGAGGAUGACAGGAUGAGCUUGUCGAGUUUAAGCUCGAACGAUGAGAAAAUCGACGUCUCAGAGACGAAGGGAUUCGGAGGGCCUAAUUUGAUCCAGUACCCUCCUUUGAACCAGUAUCCCUUGGGUACUGUUCGUCCUAUUUCAUUCAGAUUGGGUGCACCCGGUCACCAGAGUUACGGUCGUGGUACAACACCGUACUUUUUACCACCAGGAGGCCCUCGUGGUCCACAUUUUAGACCUGUUGGCGUUCCACACCCUGCAUUCACCCAUCAUCCAGGUUUCGCGGCACCGUUGCCCUCAGUGCGUGUUCCAUACCCAGUUUACGUAGUAGGUGGUCCUUAUGGUGGUGGGGGUCCGCUUCCAAAGAUAGGGUACAAGGUGGGCUUCGACCUCUUCCUCCUUCCACUGGGACCAGGCGGACCACUUUGCCUCAACUUCGCCCCUGGUAUAGACGACGAGCUGCCGAAUCCGCCACCUGAGAUUAAGAUCAAGCCGAAAAGGAAAAGGAAGAAGCAACGAGUGGAAAACUUGGCGUUUCACGAGGAGAACAUACGGUUAAUUCUUGACAAAAUGUGCGGCGAACUGAGAGACGUGCUCACCAGACUAGAGUUCUUCUUCGAUGACCUUUUACACCGGGACUUUUUCAACGUCCUAACCACCUUAAAGACGCCGAAAAAUCCUCUAACGGUUUUUGAUCUCAAGAAGAAGCUACUGGAAAAUGUGGCCCUGAAAAAGUUGCAGGAUUGGUGGAACACUCAAGAUCUUGUCCACAAGAUGAUGAUAAAGCUGAUCAGCGAAAACAGGGCCACAGUGUUUCCGUCCCUUACGAACACGGUUCCACCUGCGGAAAAGCAAGAGAAACCUCUCACGCUGCCCAAGACGACUGUUGAUGAAGCUGAGGAACUGGUCAAGUCUUUGAAGGACCUGAAGACUGAACCAGGGAAGCCGUUCUCGACGAGUAUUGUUCCAAGAAAUGCGUUGCCGAAAAUUCCGUCCUUCAGGAUCCAAAGAAAACAAGAGCCCGUCCUUGAAGAUAGAAGGCGAUCGAGGGCUUCCAAAGCGAAUAGAUUUGGUGGACACGCUGAAAGAAAGCCAGUUUUUCACGGAACCCUGUCAGAUGUAUCUAGUGACGAAGACGAGUUACCAGAGGCCAAAGCAGAACGCAAGCGUCAUGCGAGGCAGAUCUCAACCUCAGCAGAUUCUAGUCGAGACUCGAGCCCUGUGGCUCCGAAAGUCAAGUCACCCGAAAACCGCAAGCGCAAAGAAUCGACGGACUCGGACGUGGAUGCGAGCAAGGCGGAAAAGCGGAAACGUCGCGUCCGGAAAUAUUCUUCAGCAGAAAGUGAUUCAAGCCUCGAUCAGGCCUCCAGUCAACCGCCUAAAGUUCCGUCUCCCGUUGAGCCUCCUCAACCUGUUCCUGCUCAGAAACAACAGGAUAAGCGUCGCAAUCGUAAACCGUCGUUGACGGCGCGACAGGGCGCCAAAUCCAAGCGGAAUGAUCUCGCCAAAUUGAAGUCCGCCGGACGACCUCGCGGGAAAUCACCGCCUAGGGUUCCUUCUGCGGAACCCCUGGAGUCUCCUGGGAGUCUCGAAUCCAGCCAGUCACCGUCCUCGAUCGAAGAAGAACACAGUUACUGCGUUCCUAAUUCUGAGCGGGUUGCGAGAGCCGUAGACGAUCCAAUCGCAUUGAACGUCAUCAAAGAGCUCAUCAAGAACAACUUUGCCUACAACGUUGCUGGCGUGGAUCACGAGUCCUAUGCAAAGCCGAAAUCAUCAGCCUCUCUGAGAGGCAAGCUUUUUUCGAAGCGAGAUCAAUGGAACGAACACGCGGCCGUGUUCUCGUUUUUGUCUUGCGGACUGGACGAGGAAGACACGAAGUUUUUCGAACGGAGUUACAACGCAAUGUUGGCGUGUGAUGAAAUGGCAGCGAAUGAUUGGUUGAAUGCCACUCACUGGGUGCAUCAUCCGCCAACUGUGGUCAACCACUUGGAGCCGACAGGAUCCCGAGUGAGGAGAAGGUCGCCAUCGCCGCAUAAAACGGGUUGCGCGAGGACUGAAGGCUUUUACAAGCUGGAUUCGAAGAUCAAGGCUCAAAACAAGGUUCGUGUUUUUNAUGAAAUGGCAGCGAAUGAUUGGUUGAAUGCCACUCACUGGGUGCAUCAUCCGCCAACUGUGGUCAACCACUUGGAGCCGACAGGAUCCCGAGUGAGGAGAAGGUCGCCAUCGCCGCAUAAAACGGGUUGCGCGAGGACUGAAGGCUUUUACAAGCUGGAUUCGAAGAUCAAGGCUCAAAACAAGAAAAAUACAAACGAAUAA